UCUAGAUCAAGGCGUUGCCCUGAAGUGAGCUGUAAAUUUGACACAGUGAGUGCUGUGGUACUUUCUGCUGAAAGAUGGCCACGACGGUUGUGAAAGUCCAAUGUGACGAUGGAGAGAUAUAUCGACUGACUCUUCAAGAAGAGCCUAGCUUUGAAACUAUCGUUCAACUCGUUGCCAGCUGCUGUCCUGAGGCGCAGGCCUUCCUGAGCCACAGCAAUUGUGCGUUGAAGUAUGCGGAUGAUGAAGGGGAUCUUUGCACUCUGGCCCCAGCCACCUUUGAAGAUUUCCUCUGUAUGCAGAGGGCCCAGAACAGUCGGUUGCUCAAGUUGAGAUUAAAGAUGCCGUGCUCUGGUCGAGCUCCCGAGAAGGAGGAUAUGCCAAGAAGAGCUCCCGAGUUGGACAGGAAGACACUUUCUGACGCAGAGCUGCCUUCCAAGUCCGACACACCGCCUCAAGGGCCGCCUCCCGGUCUGGAAAAGGAGGACCAGGACCGCGAUUUCUCCAGUGGUCCAGGAGCUUGGGGUCCGGGUGGCAACGGUGGCGGUCCACGUCGACUUUUGAGCACUUUACGCAUGCUUCGAGAAGCCGGCAUGCUAACACCUGCAAUGUUUGCCUCCCUCACAGUGCAAUGGCUUCCUUUGCUGACUCAACGUGUGGCACGAAAGGUUGACAAGAUCAACCAUAUGGCCCGUGAUGGACUGGACGCAACACUCCAAAAGAUGCUGGAAAUUGUUCAGGACCAGGCGGCUGGCACUCCCGGCCUUGAGCACUAUGCUGCGCUCAUUGCCGAGGCACUGGGUGGCCGUGGUGGGCAAAGGCGCUUGGGUGAAGCGAUCCUUGAAAUGCUGAAGGCCUUGCGUGGACUUGGCUUUGAGGUUCAGACGCACUUUUGCGAAAGUAUUGCAUCCAGUUUGCUGCCAUACUUGGAGACCCUGACAAGCAAAUGGUUUGGCGACAGCUGUGCAUCUUCGUGCAGCAUGUCCUGGCAACAUCAUCCUGGGAGCACUUGCUCGGGGUGUGGGGCUGCACCCAUUGUGGGCCCACGCUUCAAGUGUCCUGCCUGCCCUGCAUAUGACUUAUGUGGGAACUGCUACCCACAGAAGAACCAGCUUCACGGGACUUGUCCUGGCUGCCGGAAAGAUUUUCAGUGCAUCAUUUCUCCAGGUGGUAAAGAUGGAAAGUUCAGAAGCAAAGGAAAUGACAAAGCCGAGAAAGGGGAGUACCACUUUGAUUGGAAGGGAGCCGGAAAAGGUGCUGGAGGGUGGAUGGAAGCCGCGAUGGGGUUGGCUCUGGCCCAUCAAUUCAGUGGUGGCAUGCUAGGGUUCAACCAUCAUUUGCACAACGGUACCAUGCCCUUUGGCGCAUUGGAUCCUGCAAUGUUCGAUGAGGGACAGGACUUCUUUCCUUGGCCUAAAGGAAGAUGCAAAGGGAAAGGCAAAGGAAAGGGUAAGAACAAGCAGGGGAAAGGCCACGAAAAGGAGGAAGUGAAAGCUGAAAAGCUCGGCGCCGUUGAUGGCGAUGCUGAGCAGCUCGAGUUGGACCGGAAGGUCGCAGAUUUGCUCGAGCUUCAGCUGGCCAACGAGGAGGUCAUUCGAGACCUUCUGAUCAGCAACCAUGGCGACAUUGCUCAAGUGACUAAAAUACUUACGUCCUGAGCUCACUCAACACCCCAGGCAGCUUAAGCUCAGGAAGACACUGACAAUCCAC